AUGGCGGCUGGGGUGGGUGACAGGGACCCGCUGCUACGGCUGAGACGCCACCUGAGGGAGGAGGUAGAGCCCCAGGCACUGCUGCUACAGCCUCCCCCUGAAGAAUCUACAAAUGUGGAGAAAAAAGAGAAGCCUCUUCCCAGACUUAAUGUUCACUCUGCAUUCUGGAUUUUGGCAUCAAUUGCUGUGACAUACUAUGUUGAAUUUUUUAAAACUAUUAAAGAAACCAUUCAAGCAGAUAGUUGGUGCAUUGUUCUCGGCAGCUGUUUGUUGGUUGCAAGCUUAGCUAUUGCUUUUUACUGCAUAAUAUAUCUAGAAUGGUAUUGUGGAAUUGAGGAUUAUGAUGCCCAGUAUCCAGUACUGAUACCUGUCACAACUGCCACUUUUAUUGCAGCAGCAGUUUGUUUCAACAUCGCCUUAUGGCCUGUAUGGUCAUUUCUCACCCCUCUGUUGCUGUUCACUCAGUUUAUGGGUGUUGUGAUGCUUGUGUCACUGCUGGGAUGAGUCACCUAAGGUAUCAAGAAAUCUGCCUUUGCAAGGAGGUAACUAACUUGGUUCGCUACGCUGUGUGCAAACUUUAAAUACUAUGGGUUCCUUGUGAACUUCUGCUGAAAAACAUGGCAAUAUUGUAUUUCAAAACUUUAAUAUCACAGUAAGAGUCUGAUUCACAUUUACAAAAGCAAAUCAAUUCAACAUUCAUGCCAGUUCCAUCUGUCACUAGCCAUGUUAUUGUUGGAAUUUGUAGGGGGAAAAGGGGUGCAUGUGCUGCAAUGCUCAGAAGCUACUAGAUGGAGUUAAAGAACUGAUCAAAUUAAGGUGUCACUAAAGAGUCAUAGAAGGGUCUGUUGUUACUAGC